CGUUCUACGAGUGAGAGGUCUUACAGUUACACUUUGCUCAGUUUUGCAGCACCGCGCGUAGCACGUGCGAGCCUUCGCCGGGUCACGUGUGUUUCACCGGAGUGCAUCGACAAGAGUUUCAUCGCAGAGGAGAAAAGAGGAGAGCUGCGCUCCCCCCAGCCCCAGUGUAACAAUGUCGUCCGGCUUUCUAUCAGUCGGGCCAACAUGCCCGAUAUCCCAUCUCGGACCGAGCCUUGCCGAAGUCUGCUCGGGAUCGCAGUUUUUGACGUUCAUGACGAUUUUGAACACGCUCGUGCAGUCCCAAGAGAAGGUGUCUCAGUCGUGCGAGCGCGUAAGAUCGAAAAAUCCCCCUGAAUACCAGUACGACUUCAUCGUCAUCGGCGGAGGAUCAGCCGGUGCCAUAGUGGCGUCUAGACUGAGCGACAUACCCGAAUGGAAAGUUUUGUUGCUGGAAGCCGGGCCGGACGAACCACCGGGUGCCGAGGUUCCCAGUAUGGUGGCGAUGUUUCUGGGAACUGACAUUGACUGGCAGUAUCAAACCGCGAACGAGAUGAACGCUUGUCUGUCAACCGGCGGAUCCUGCAGCUGGCCACGCGGUAAAAACCUAGGCGGUACGUCCGUCCACAAUGGUAUGAUGUAUAUGCGGGGCCACGCGAAAGAUUUUGACAAUUGGGCGGCCAUGGGCAACCCCGGAUGGAGCUGGCAUGACGUCCUGCCGUACUUUAUGUGCGGAGAGAACAACACGGAGAUCCGCCGAGUUGGUCGCAAGUAUCAUUCGACCGGCGGUCUGUUAACCGUCGAACGGUUUCCGUGGAAGCCUGCAAUCGCGGACGACAUCCUCGCGGCGGCGACCGAAAGAGGAUACCCGAUUAGCGAGGACCUGAAUGGCGACCAAUUUACUGGAUUCACUGUGGCUCAAACCACAAGCAAGGACGGCGUCCGAGUGAGUAGCGCCUCGGCGUAUUUACGACCGGUACGGCAUCGGCGUAAUUUGCACAUCUCCCUAAACGCCACCGCCACGAAGAUCAUCGUCGAAAAUAACAAGGCCGUUGGAGUUCAAUUUUAUCAAGAUGGUGAACUUCGAGUUGCCCGCGCCACAAAGGAGGUAAUCGCCUCCGGUGGUGCCGUAAAUUCGCCUCAACUGUUGCUACUCUCCGGAAUCGGGCCGAAGGAACAUCUGCGGGCGGUGAACGUCACAGUCGUCAAGGAUCUUCCAGGUGUCGGGGAAAACCUGCAUAAUCACGUGUCGUACACUUUAUCGUGGACCAUCAAUCAGCCGAACCUAUACGACUUGACCUGGGCAUCCGCCACGGAAUAUAUCGCCUUCCAGAAAGGACCGAUGUCGUCAACCGGUUUGUCACAACUGACCGGGAUGCUACCGUCGGUCUACUCGACUUCAAAUCAUCCUGACAUCCAGCUGUUCUUCGGCGGCUACCAGGCGGCCUGCGCGACCACCGGUGAAGUGGGCGCCCUCAUGAACAAUGACGGUCGCCACAUCAGCAUAUCGCCGACGAUGACGCAACCGCGUAGCAAGGGGACGCUGCGUCUCGCCAGUAACGACCCGCUCGCGAGCCCGAUCAUCUGGGGCAACUACCUGAGCGAUCCGAUGGACGUGACGGUCCUCGUCGAGGGUAUCGAGAUCGCGAUGUCCCUCGUCAACACCAGUGCCAUGGCCAAGUACAAUAUGACUCUGAACAACAGCCCGUUGUCCACGUGCUCCCAGUAUCCCUAUCUGAGCAAGCAGUAUUGGGCCUGCGCCGUGAGCCAAGACACCGGCCCGGAGAAUCAUCAGGCGGGAUCCUGCAAAAUGGGUCCGCGUAACGAUCCCAUGGCCGUGGUGGACAAUCGAUUGAGGGUGCACGGCAUCAGGAAUCUCCGCGUGGCCGACGCGUCCAUUAUGCCACAGGUAACAUCCAGCAACACGGCAGCUCCGGCCAUGAUGAUCGGCGAAAAGGCGGCCGCGUAUAUCAAGUCCGACUGGGGCGUUGCCGGUAGACAAUGUUCACACACGACGAUCGACAAUACGCUGGACCUGCUACUUUGGGGGAUCAAGUACAUCGACUGGGAUCAGGCUAUAUGGUAGCCGGGGGCUCCACGAUCUAUCUAGUCUCUUUUUGCAUCCAUCCGCAAUGCGUUAUCCGCAGCCUAUGAAAGUCGGCGAGAACGCGACCAAAGGCGAGGACUCUCUCUGUCUCUGGAAGAUCCCCGUAGGCUGCGAAUUCCCUUCUCUUCGGUAUGAUCGAGCGAUCGAGCCGAACUUGCACAUCGCUCAAUCGCUCGAGCGCUUGAGCUCGAAAUUAUGCCGCAAUGUGCGAUUAUUGUUACUAACGCAGCGAGUCGUACGACCGAAGACAGUCAUCGUCUCGCUGUAACCGCCAUGUCUUAAUUUCCAGUUGGGAAUUUCCUAAGAUUGUGCGUAUCAUAGCGUCGCGGCUGUCGCGAGAGAGAAAUUCAUCGUUGAUCAAUUAGCCGCGACGCAACGAGCGCAAAUCUCCGUACAACUUAUAAACAAGUAUUCUUACUAUUAUUAAUUAACUAAUUAAUAAUUAAUUCCUAUAAUUAAUUCCUCAAACAAGCUACAAUUUCCUACAAUUGCCUUUAGUUACUGUUGUGUCACCAAGAGUUUAGAAUUACGAAAAAGCUUAGAUAUGUACAUAUUAUGCUAAUAAUCUCUUUCAAUAUUCAUAGUAUAUCUCUCAAUAACUGUGGCAUAUAAUACUACCCAUGGAUGUCCUAUUGAAAUGAUGACCAAAGACAGAUUCUGGUACCUGGUACACCAGCCGCCAAAAAACGUAGUAAUUAAUUGUUAACAAAACAAAAAAAUGUAAAAAAUGAAAUGAAUUAUAAAAUAUGGAACUCGACCGCUCUCAGCCGAGUGUAAAUCAAAAUAUUGUAAAUAAACAAGAUUGCAUUAUAGCACAGAUC